GUGAGCCGGGCCCCUGUCAGAUCCGGGGAGGAAGGCUGGAUGAAGCCGGGGGCUGCCGCAGGGAGUCGGGGCUCGUUCCUGUGAGCGGCGGGAAGGAGCCGCCGGGGACUCGCGCUGUAUCCGCCCCGGGGUGUCUGGCCUGAGCUAGAGCGGGAGCCGCAGGCCUAGGCGAGCCAGGCCCCGGGGUGGGGGGCGCCUUGGGACAGCGGAGGAAGCUCAGGGGCUCCCUGGCGGUGGGGGAUGCUCAGGGCACAAGCCUGACCUGGGAGUCCUUAGAUAGAGAAGCCAUUGAGGGGCUCUGGGUGUCCCGUGCAGGCCGAGGGGGAGUCGAGGAAUCCGGGGACCCCUGGGAGUGCAGAGGGGCCCUUGAAGGCUCGGGGUUGGGACCCCUAGGAGUGCAGGGGGCCCUUGAAGGCUCGGGGCUGGGACCCCUGGGAGUGCAGGGGGCCCUUGAAGGCUCGGGGUUGGGACCCCUGGGAGUGCAGAGUGCAGGGGGCCCUUGAAGGCUCGGGGCUGGGACCCCUGGGAGAGUGCAGGGGGCCCUUGAAGGCUCGGGAUUGGGACUCCUGGGAGUGCAGAGGGCCCUUGAAGGCUCGGGGUUGGGACCCCUAGGAGUGCAGAGGGGCCCUUGAAGGCUCGGGGUUGGGACUCCUGGGAGUGCAGAGUGCAGGGGGCCCUUGAAGGCUCGGGGCUGGGACCCCUGUGGGUGCCGAGGGGUCCCGUGACAGCUCUGCGGGUAGUCCAGGGGGGGCCCUAGAAGUAGAGCCAUGGCCACCCGGCGUUUAACAGACGCGUUCUUGUUGUUGCGGAACAACGCGAUCCAAAACCGGCAACUGCUGGCCGAGCAAGUGAGUAGUUACAGCUCCUCCAGCCCUCUGAAUUCACGUAGCAUGGCUGCUGCGGAGCUGGAUGAGCUUGCUGAUGAUCGCAUGGCACUAGUAUCGGGGAUCAGUUUAGAUCCCGAAGCAGCAGUUUGUGUAACAAAGCGGCUACCUCCCAAAUGGGUUGAUGGAGUGGGAGAAAUUCAGGAUGAUAUCAGCAGGAUUAAACAGAAGAUGAAAGAAUUAGCCAGUCUUCACGACAAAUAUUUAAACAGACCUACUUUGGAUGAUAGCAGCGAAGAAGAACAUGCAAUAGAAAUUACUACCCAAGAGAUCACACAGCUAUUUCACAGAUGCCAGAGAGCAGUCCAGGCCUUGCAGAGCAGGUCACGUAAUUGUACAGAACAAGAAGAACGUGUUCUCAGAAACAUAGUGUCUUCCUUAGCACAGUCCCUUCAGGACCUAUCCACCAACUUUAGGCAUGCACAGUCUGACUAUCUCAAACGCAUGAAGAAUCGAGAAGAAAGAUCCAAGCAUUUCUUUGAUACGUCAGUCCCGCUUAUGGAUGAUGGAGAGGACAGUACUCUUUAUGACAGGGGUUUUACGGAUGACCAGUUAGUAUUGGUGGAACAAAACACAUUAAUGGUGGAAGAGCGGGAACGAGAAAUCCGCCAGAUUGUACAAUCAAUCUCUGAUCUCAAUGAAAUAUUUAGGGACCUUGGAGCAAUGAUAGUGGAACAGGGUACAGUUCUGGACAGAAUUGACUACAAUGUUGAGCAGUCGUGUAUAAAAACUGAAGAGGGAUUGAAACAAUUACAUAAGGCUGAGCAAUAUCAGAAGAAGAAUCGGAAGAUGCUUGUCAUUUUAAUUUUAUUUGUAAUAGUAAUUGUACUUAUUAUUGUUCUUGUUGGUGUAAAGUCACACUAGGUAAUGGUUCUAUCAUUUUCUUAUUUUUGUGUGUAUGUAAUUAUUUUUCCUAAUCUGAAUGGAUGGACCUGCACUCCUGAAAGUUGCCUUUGAAUGUAUAAGCCCUAGUGGUACAAAUUCUGUGCAAUGUUUCAGUAGAACUCUUUUCAUAAUACAUCCUUCGGUGAUACCAGAGGUGUUUGUAAAACUUGUACAGAAAAUGUCAGGACACUUGAUAAUGCUACCAAAUUGGUCAUCCAGUUCUUUAUCCAAACAUAUUUGGAAUAUUGUGCAGUAUUUAAAAAAAAGAUGGAAAAUAAGAGUAGAUGUUUACAAGAAAAUAUGAUAAUUAGUAUUUCACUGUGUGCAAAAAAGUGUGCCGUUCUUUGUAGUCUUAUGUUGCAAUUUUGUAAACUAUAAGAUUUUUAUGGGACUAUGAUUUGGAGGGUAAAUGCCUUAAAAGAUGCACAAAAUUCUAACUGUUUGAUUUCACCUACUUUUCUCCAAACUUUUAAAAAAUAUGUUUGGAGUGACCAUUAAAAAAGAAACGUCUUAAAACAGAGCAUAACUCAACCCCUGUGAUCUUAAUAUAGAUUUUGCAUCAUUAGUAAUUAUCAAGGUAGUACUUAGAAGUGUAAAUAACAAGACUUUAAUCACUGGUAUAAUUUAACACAUUUAAUUUAAUUAAAAUAGCUUCCUAAUCCUAAGUAAUCAUAGGAAUAACUUUUCCUCAUCAAAAAGAUCAUGCAUUAUAUUAUCUAUUGCAAAUUUCUUGGUUAUAUAUUAAAUACAGCCAGCUACAUUACAGUCAUUUUAAUGGUUUGCGCUAAACCUGCAAUAGAAAGAAAAUUCUCCUUUUAGCCCCCUGUAUCCUUCAUCUUUUCCCCUCCGUCAGGUGUCCUACAACAGUGGAUGGUAGACUGUCUUCACGUACAAGUAGUCCCAAAUAUUUACAGUACAUCUAUCCAUACACUCAUCCUAAAUAAGUAUUUCAAUAUGAGUAUAAUAUAUAUUGCAGUCUUUAUAAGGGAACAAGUUUAAAAUGCAAUGUUGACCAUGACUAAAAUGAUGUAUUAGUAUGGGCAUACAUCAGAUCUUGGUACAAAAUGUCUGGCUUGCAGUGCUUCUGCAGCAAUACAAUUUGCUGUAGGUCAGGGGAGAGAGAGAGAAGAGAAAUCUUGAGCAGUGGAAUAUUAAUGGUUUAACAUGGUCCAAAGUGUUGCACAAUUAUAGGGGCAUUGCCUUAAUAUUUUUAACAAGGCUUUUCUGUAUUGAAUAAGUUGGUUUCUCUAAGAGGCUAUAGCUUGUACUAAUGGCACUUUGGUUCUGAUUUGUACAGUGGUCUGCAUACGCUUGCAGUGAUGUUGUGCCCAAAGCCACUGAAGCUCAGGUACACAAUAUAAUGAUUCUAAAAUUGUACAUGGGGAAUUGGGAUCCUCUGUCCAUAUCAGUGCAGACUCUUGCCAGCUUUCUUCCUGUAAUGGGCCAUGUAUGCCAUCCACCAACCCCUGCUUCCCUAGUAAUGAUGGUAUACAUGAGUCUUCCUUGGCAUACUUAGACAUAAUAUUAAGAUAUGGCCCCUUAAAAGGUAUUUCUAACUAUCUAGCUAUUGAUUUUCCUUCGUCUGACAAGACCUUCAGUCAUUAGGGUGUUUAGGGUACCUGUUUACUCGCUGGAAUACUUCAAAACCAGACAGAUUGACUCUGAUGGAAAGAGGUCCACUAAUGAAGUGGAUGUUCUCUCCUCCCCUCUCCCACCAACCUCCAUCCUCCCCCCUUCCCCCCCCCCCCCCCACUGAAGAAUUGCAGUUAGUAGCUGCAAGGUAGAGGAGACACAUGGGGGUCCUUCAUAAUGAUUAGUCACGAUAAUUGGUGUUUUCUCUAUUGAAGAUAUUGCAGACUAAAGAGAGAAAUCCCUAGCAUGUGCUUAAGUUACUGCCUUUUGUAAGAUGAAUGUGCCAGGGAACUUUCUUGGAAUUGGAUUAAUUUUCACUUUUUAUUAAUAGCCUCCCUUGGUUGGAAGAAACAUUUGUUGUCCUUUAUGAAUCGGGCAGAUGAUAGGAGACUAAUGGGGAGGAGGCUCAUUGAAGUGUGUAACUGACUUUGUGCAGGCAGAACCCUACCUAAUACAAAGUAUUUUAUGAAAUAGGAUAGAAUUCUGAGCAAGUAGUUUGCCUGCAUGCAGCACCACGACCCACAGGUCUGAGUUCAUACUUGGAAAAUGCUUAUUUGAUGUGGGGAAUAGGGCAAAAUAAAUUUGUUGGGCAUCUGGAUGGCUUUUUGGAUUGGUGAUGGAGUAUGUGGAGCCAUUAGUUUACUGGUUGAAAUCUGUUCCCGUUGGUAACAGCCUUGACUUACUUCCUCUUGAUUGAUAAUUCAUGGCCUAUGUGGAAGAAGUUUCACAAACUGGCACUAAUUGGCACACUUUGCAUAUCUUAACUGAUAGGCCAAUGAGACUGGACUAUCCUCUGGCCUUGAAAUUUGGGACAGUGUGGGAAUCGAUGCACUGCUUCUACUCCCACUAUUUGUUUUCUGGGUAAAGAGGAAUUUGCUCUCCAGAAACUACCAAUGUAGAUUUUUCACAGCACUAAAUUCACACAAACACAAUUUGUAAAAGGUAGAAUAAAAUUCUUUAGCUUUGUAGCUGGUGUGUAGCUCCCCAGUGUUGGCAUAGAUCUUUUUGAUGAUUGUGACUAAAACUACUGUCUCCUAAGUGUGUUACUGCUGUCUGCAUCCUAUGGUGCGAAGCAGUAAACAUUGCAUUAAUUUAAUUGACUGUAUUUGCAACUUUCACUCUAAGAUGUUAUUUAUUUCUGUCUUGACCAGUGCUUUUGUUGUUUUAUCCUAGUUGAUUAAAGACACAAUAAAACAACACUUCCAAACUAAUUGGUUAAUUGUUACUCAUUUUUCUUACAUAUUUAUACUAAAAUAAAACAAUUAAGCAUUUACAUUGAUGUUUCUUAAACAAAACUAAUUUUCUGUUUGUAGUCUGUCAAAUUUAAUGGAAGCAGUAAUGACAUAGAAGAUCCUGGAAAAUUAGUGCUCUUUUUAACUAAUGCUAAAUCUCAUGUAGCAUGAACGCUUUACAUAGCCAAAAUUAGGAAAGGAAUAGCAUUCAUCUAUAAGUAUUGCUGAAAUGGAAGGGAUGGCCUAACCAUGCUAAAAUGAUAGAAAAUAUUUAGCAAAUGUGAACAUUUUAAAUAGAGGUGUACAUUUUAUAUACAGUGCGAAUGACAAAUUUAAGCUCAGAUGCACUGUCUAGCAUAAUUCAUGAUGAGCUAGAAAUUGUUGAAGCUGAUGUAUAGUGAUACUGUGUUUAUCUGAGAGAGAGGAUCUUUGAUAGGAUUUUAUUUCCUAUAUCAUUCCAAAUGUCUGCAUUCCAUUAUAAUUCGUCCUAGAUACUUACUUAUUCAGGGCCAAAGCAUUGUCGUUUAUGCAAGGCUGGAGUAAUCUGGCUUUGAUCUCCCUGGGGUUAAAAACGGAUGGUAUUACCCUUCUGACCUAGGCUGUGGAGCAUCUGUACAGCCACAACAGUCCGUGAGCGGUAUAAGCAGCUGCUACACCUACACUGAGGAUUUGGGCCAUUGGAUCAGCAUAAUCUCAUCAACCUAUUGGCCACGCCUUUGACCUCCUUCUGACCUCCCUUGCAUGCUGCGGAGAAAGCCAGUGCAAUAUAUUUGAUGGCUUUUGGGAUGUGCCCCUCUUCCUGGUCUCGAGACACCUCCCUGUCCGUAAUGGAGCCCCAGGAUAUAUUCAGAAUCUGCUGUGGGCACAAAGGCCAGAGUAGGAGAACGUGUUAGGAUUCAGUCCUUGAUGUGGAAAGCUAUUGAGUUGAGAAAGUAGACACCUGCAAGAGCCAGCAGAAUAAAAAUUGCAAGAAUGUGUUCUCCAAGAAUGCGUGGCUCUCCUUACCUGUCCUGAAUACAUCCCUGGCCUACAGGUCUCCUUGGCCAGCCUAUUGACUUAUAUUAAAAUUCUCCACUAAAAUAGAAACAAGCUUACAAAAAUGACCAAAUCUGUGUGUAAGUGUAACUCAAACUUACUAGAAUCAAACUUCAUUAAAUGUUUGAAAACUACAACGUCUUGUAAGCUAAUAUCAAUAGGAUAUUAGGUGCCACUUUGAUCCCUCUCUAAAACCUGAAAAUAUGUAAUGGUUCUCCUUAAAACGCACAAUGUAAGCAUUAACACCACUUGUAGGCCUCGGGGCCUAAUUAGCAGUGAAUGAUGACUAAUGUUUUAGUGUUCUCUGGAGGUUUUUAACGUAGGAUAUAACAUACUGAAAUGUUGGAUACUUGCUGUAUGCACUUUGUUAUGAAACUUUAAUUUUCAUCUGUUUUGCUUAACCUUUACAAAUCUGGCUUUCAGUACAGCCAUGCACGGUACAUUAAGAAACAAGAGGUGACAAACAGUUAGAAUUUUGAUUUUGCUAAAGAAAACUUUAAAAGACUUUUAUCUACCAAGAAAACCCUCAUGUUCUGUGUAAUCUGCAAAGAGGUAUUAAUGCAAACUGAUCCUUAGAGUGUAUCUUGUUUAGUGCGUGAGGCACCAAAAUGAAAAGUUACACUCUGUUUGUCAAAAUAGAGCUUUAUGAAGUGGUUGAGGAAAGCUUCUGGGAUUUUGUAUAUUGUAAUUUAUCCAUUUGUAAUUAGAAGAAAUAACAUUUGUUUUUUGGAGAAGAGGAAGAAAAAGCAAAUGAUUUGACAACAUAAUUUGGGUUUAACAGCCUAGUUUUUGAGCUAGACUAAAUGUAAAAUAUGUACAUUCCAAAGGAGUUUGCAAACUUGAGAUCUCUUGUUUAUGCCUAAUGGUUUCAUUGUAAGACAACGUUGUCUUACCGAUUGGGACAAGUAGCAGUGCUUGCUUAAGGGAUUGUCAGGGCUUUUUCUGCUCAGCACCCCUCUUUCCAGACAGAUGGGUAAACAUGGGGACAUAACUUUUCUUAUUUUGCAUAGUAAUUUUCCUGAACUCCAAGAAUGUUUUUCACAUUCAUCAAAAUGUUUUCUUAAUUUAGUUCUCCAAGUAGUGCCUGUCCCCAGAUAAAAUUGAUCAAAACUUGGAUUUAUAAAAUAAACACACUUAAAAUAAGGAAUCCAGUACAGUUUUCUGUGUGUUGAAUUGUAAGUAAUCAUAUACGUCUUUAGCAGUUGCUUGAUUCCAUAAGCACUGUUGAACUGGCACAAGGUUAAAAAUUGCUAUGGCCAUGGAAUUUAGUUGUCUAUGCUUGGGCUCUCACCAUUUUUAACACCAGUGCAAAUGCACUGCUGUUAGCAACCAAUGAGGAUUGAGGGGAAUUUUAGGAAAUUUUCACAGCAUAGACAAGGCUUCAGAAAGAGAUUAGACUCUCAGCAAGUCCAGUGUCUUGAUUAAGACCCUGAUCCUGCACCAUUAAAGUCAAGGUGAGUUUUGCCAUUGAUUUCUAUGAAGAUAGGAUCGAGCCUUAAGUAUCCGUUCUUUUUACCCAUUCCAAAUCUUAACCUACUGAGCAUGUUAACAUUGUGGGAUUUGGAUUAGAUGACCUAAUGUACUUUUCCAAUUGUAAAUUGUUUUGAUGUGUAAAUCCAAAAUACAGCUGUUUAUUCCUAUUUCUCCUAUCUCCCACCGUAGUUUGUCCAUGUAUAUUGGAAUAGAAUUGAAUCCCAAGUGGAGUAUGUUCUCUGGCUCAGUAAUAUCGCUAAAGAUGGAACCUGUGUAUUAGGUCAUCCUGUCCAUUCCCUAGCAAUGCAGGAUUGUUCUCUAUAAUAUACUGUCUGUAUCUAGGCUAGUUUUAAAUGAUUCAGACAGUGAGGCUUUCACCACUUCCUUUUGGGAAGCUGUCCCAUGGCCUAAUAAGACCCGACCAUAAGGAAGUUUUUCCUGGUAUUCAGCCUAAAUUUUUCCUUUUUAAAUGUCUUCUCUUUACUUGCACUUACAUUCUGCUUUGCCACCAUAAAUAAAUCCACUCCCUCUUUGAUAUAUAGACCCUCCACCCAUUUGUAGAUUAUCGUGUCUAUCUCCGGCUGACCAAACAUGCAGAGAUGAAAAUAUAACCCGGUAUGUUUGGUUUAAACAUAUUUUAGUUUAUUACUAAAAGUGGAGUUUGGAAAACAUUGUUUCUUGUUAGUAAAUCCGCAUGCUGUAACUUAGAGCACAGUCUGGCCAUUUUCUCUGGUUUUUGGCAUGCUCCUUUAUAAACAUAAUUUAGGUCUAAUACUUAGUUAUGGUUUUGUGAAUGCAAAGAAGAAAAUUCAGCUUUCCAUUUAGAUUUAAUAAUUAGUCGCCUAUGAAAUUAACACAGUUAGUCUGUUUACAGUUUCCAUCAAUUAGAAGAUAUCAAAAAACUUAUCAAGAAUGUGUAACUUGAGCUCUUCCUUUUAUAAAGGGUGCAUAUUUUUAAUUGUAGGUGGAUGGUAGCUGGAAUCAGUGCUAAUAACUUCCAUUCAUUUCCCCAAAAUAUGAAUUAUUACUUUAAUCUGUGGAGUGUAACACAAGGGAUCUCAUGUUUUGAACAACCAUGUACAGUAUAUUUUCUUCCGUUUCACUCUGUGAACUGUUUGUAAUGUAUAAGUAAACCAUUAAAAAAAUCUUAGUAUA